GGCCUCACUGAGUGAUCCUGAAUAGACCUCUUCUGCCCUCACUUGCUUUACUUACAAUACUCAAUCCCUUCCUUCUCAGCUUUGUUCUCAGGGCAGCUGUAGACAGAAAUGCUGUAACUUGGCAUAUUGGUACAUGGUGUUGUGGGUCUGUAGUCCGGUGUGUGCGUGUGUGUGCAGGUAUGUGUGUGUGAGCGAGAGAGGAUUGAAGCGAGUGUCAGGUGAGGGCGGGGGAAAGAGAGCCAUGGGUGUUGGCACUCAGCAGUCAGGUCUUAGGUUACAGUAGCGCUCGAGGCGAAGGGCGGGUGGCUUCGUUUUACUCCUGUGCCUGCAACCCGCUCGGUGUCCCCUGGGGCAGCCGGUCGGCGGCGGGCCUGCUAGCAUGGGACAGGCUAAUACCCUCCAAGAAACCGCUCGACCGGGCAGAGCUGCUACCGUUAGCGGCGUUGGUACCGAGAGCAGCCGGAGCGCUAGCAUAGGAAACUCUUGGGCCGGCAGGGACAGAGGCGCUGGCCCUGGGAGCGUAGCCUCUGAUAUGGACAGGAAUGCCGCUGGAGGACCUGCUGCCGGUGACGGGGACGGCGGGUCUCACUCGGAAUGUGUCACUGCUAGCGGCGAUAAGCGUGCUAGCGUGGGGCCGCUUGCUACUACAGAGGCUACUGGAAGGUACAGCUACGCAAGCGUGUGGGAGGAGGACUCUGGGCAGGGCGGCAUGGCUGGGGAGCCUGAAGACCAGGCAGAGAGCAGUGAAGUCGGAAUCGGCUCCCGGCGCAACACGAUGCGGAGUGACGGAGGCAGUUCUGAGGACGGCACACCAUCUGUGAAGCAGAAGGGCAAGUUUUCCAUUGGCAAGAUCUUUAAGCCCUGGAAGUGGAAGAAGAAGAAGACUAGCGAGAAAUUCAGAGAAACUUCAGAAGUUCUGGAGAGGCAGUUGUCAGUAAGAAUGACAAGGCAGGAACUGAUUGACAGAAAGCUGCUGAAAGAGGUCCCAGAGAAUGAGAGCAGCACGGAAAAAGGCCCCAAAAACCCCCAUGUGAAGAACGGUCACACCCCGUCUAGGGAUAGUGUACAAGGACCAGAACGGAAACGACUACCCUCUGAGACAAAUGUAAAGGUCAAGCCCAACUGGUUGCCUCGGGGGGAAGACCAAAAAGGGCAUAUUCCAUCUGACAGAGACCGGCAGCAUAUCCAGCCAGAUGAGAAAGAUCCCAGGAAGAGGAAGGAAGAAAGAGAAUCAAGAGAUAUCAGGGACAGGAGAGAGGACAGAGAAUCAAGGGAUCCUAGAGAAAAACGAGAGGACAGAGAAUCAAGAGAUCCCAGAGAGAAGCGAGAGGACAGAGAAUCAAGAGAUCCCAGAGAAAAACGAGAGGACAGAGAAUCAAGGGAUCCCAGAGAGAAGCGAGAGGACAGAGAAUCAAGAGAUCAGAGGGAUAGGAAAGAAGAGAGGGAAGCAAGAGAACCAAGGGAUGGAAGAGAAGAUAGGGAAUCAAUGCAUUCUAGGGACAGGAAUGAGGAUGAAGAAGUAAGGAAAGACACAAAAGACAAACGAGAAGUGAGAGAUCCCAGAGACAAGAAGGAGGAACUGAGAGAUUCAAGAAAACCUAAGGAUAAAAGAGAGGAGAAAGAACAAAGGGACCAGAGGGAAGACAGGGAGCAAAGAGUGGAGCAAGAAUAUAGAGAGCAGAAAGACGGAAGAUCUGGCAUUGGCCCUGCAGAACGGGACCAAAAGCUGCAUACAGAUGUGAAGCCACGUACAGGACGGCCCCACUCUGAAAUGGAGGGCAGGUUCAACCUGCCAAGGGCUGUGCUGGAAGAAGCACCACGCGCCCGUCCUCUCUCAGAGGCAGACACUCUGACCAGGGGCUGCUCAGAGUUCAAUGCCAGCCGCCAAAUCCUGGAUGCCAAGUUGCCUCGGGACACACUGAAGGAGCCUUUGCCCAGACAAGCCCUCAUGCCUCCCAAAAGACUGAUGAAUUCUUCCCCCCCACAGUCAAGUGACCCACCUGCACAGUCCCCUGGGGGCAGCAUCAGCCCCACCUCCACUGUGGCCCCCAUCCUGCCCUUGAGUCCUACGGGCACUAAGCCUGCCCUACUGCCUAACCCUCCCCUCUGCUCUGACACGACGCCUUCCUGCUCUGAAAUCCUCCCGUCCCCGACUGGGGACGUCUCCCACAUGCUGCCUCCCGCACGAGCGCUUGAUACAGCUACUCCCUCCUUGCCUUCCUCGGCACCCCUGCCAGCCAAGCAGCCACCCGUCCCCCCACCUAAGCCCUCCCACCGGAACAGCAUGCCCAUCUUCUUAGAUGCCCCACCAGACAGCACUAUCCUGCAGCCGUCCGCCAGGGCCCCGGCACCCACGCCCCCCAAGAGGACGACUCCAGUCCGUAGCUCCCUCGUGGUCCAGCCUGCGUCUGCUGUGUCGGCGGAGGAUGCAAAGGGAGAUGCUCAGUCCCAGAAUCCUGCUGUCAUCUCCUCUGUGCUGCCCACUCAUAUACCUCCAUCUCCUCCCCGGUCUCGUCUCAGUGCAGCUCCUGUCUCAAGCCCUAUUUCUAAAACUGGCCCUGCCCUAAUUUCUGUCUCCACCCCAGACCAAUCAUCUGGCUCUGCUCCUGACCCUCUUCCCCCCACUGGUCAGCCUCCUGACCCUGUCCCAGUGUCUGUCCCACAACCUGCCCAGAGUGAAGCCCCCCUGCCUAAAACUGGCCCUGCACGAGUGCCUGUCCCAAAGCCUGUCCCAAAGCCUGUCCCAGUGCCUGUCCCAAUGCCUGUCCCAGUCCCACGUAUCCUGCCCAACCCCAGCCCUGUCUAUGUUACUGCCCCCAGCACUGACUUUGCCAGUAUCUCUCAGUCCAUGCCUAGUCCCUUUACCCCAGAGAACCCACCCAGUCCCACAACUGAACCACCCAGCCAGCCGCCUCUGCACAUCCGCAUUCAGCAAGCACUGAUCCAUCCUGGCCCAACAGAGCUGAAUGCAGGCAAGCCUGGAAGGGCCCACUCUCUGCUGUUUGACGCGACUCCAGACAUUCAGCCUGGCCCUGGGGGUCGUGUGUCCUUUCUGCCCGUCACCUUGGAGCCCAUCCGCCUGCCUGAGGAUGAUGACUUUGAUGAGAGUGAGCAGAUGUCAGAGUGGGGGCUCGGGCCGCGGAGUCGCCAUGGGCUGGUGGUGGACCCUGGUGUGGCCGCUAUCCCUGAAGACUCCGACAGCGAAGAUGAGGGACCAGUGUGCUACAGGAGUGAGGAGGAAGAUGAUGAGGAAGAUGAUGAGGAAGACGAUACCACAUCAAGUGCCUUGGCCAGCAAGGUGAAGCGCAAAGACACCAUGGCCCUCAAGCUGGGUGGGAGGUUGGCUGGCAUGGAGGCGGAGCCUGAGAUGGGGCGGGGCUCCGACGAUGUAUCCUGGAGCAGCAGGGAGCAGUGGGAGGCUUUGCGCAUGCAGAUUGGCAGUGCGCUAACACGGUACGGGGAACUCUCACUGACACUAACCCUAACCUGCACUCACCCAUUUGCCUGCCUCAUGGGCUUCACCUGCUCGUCCUCCUUCCAGCUCAUCCACAGGCCCACAGUAGCGGAGCUGCAGGCCAGGAAGAUUCUGCGCUUCCAUGAGUACGUUGAGUGCACUAGUGCCCACGACUAUGACCGGCGUGCGGAUAAGCCCUGGACGAGGCUCACGCCUGCUGACAAGGCUGCCAUCCGAAAGGAGCUCAAUGAUUUCAAGAGCCUUGAGAUGGAUGUCCACGAGGACAGCAGGAAAUACACAAGAUUUCAUCGUCCAUAGAGCUUCUUCCUACUGGGAAGUGUGAAGACACCAAAUGGACAAUUUUUUUAAGAUGUGGAGCACUAAAACUCAAUGAGUUACUUUCAUAAAUGGUAGCAGUGAUGUCACUGACGAUGUCACCAGCCACCAUGUCAGUGGUGGAAGUGGAAGGUCAGAGCACAGCUUGGUGGUGGGUGGUGCCCGGGCACUGUGGGUGAGCCAUGUGCCAAUGCCAGCUAGGACAGCAGUGAUUGGCUGAAGAGUGAGGAGCAUCUCCCUACCCCAGGAGAAGGUGCAGCUGGAUGUGUUUAAUUCUCUUCUCUUUCAUCAGACCUGGAACAUUUAACAGCACCACCAACCAAAACUUUACUAAGAAUAAUAAAAGGUGAAUAUAACAGAAAUGCUUAACAUCAUUUUGUGAAUAAGAGAUGGACUUGAAGUGGAGGAUCAUGGGAUGUGACAUUUAGGUAUUACAGUUCUGGGGCACUUAUGUGUCAGUAGGCUGGAGUCUUAUUUCGAAGUCUGAAAGACAUGUAGAAGGAAAAAACAACCAUCAAAACCACAAGACAGCAAGGCCUUGGUCACUUAUAGGAGGCGCUGUGCUGUACACUAACAGGGCCCUUUUCCUCCUGGAGGAGGCGCUGUGCUGUACACUAACAGGGCCCUUUUCCUCCUGGAGGAGGCGCUGUGCUGUACACUAACAGGGCCCUUUUCCUCCUGGAGGAGGCGCUGUGCUGUUCAUCAAUAGAGCCUUUUUCCUCUUGGAGGAGGUGCUGUACUGUAUACAAGCAAGGCUUUUUUCUGUCUCGAGGAGGUGCUGUGCUGUACACUAACAGGGCCCUUUUUCUCUUGGAGGAGGUGCUGUGCUGUAGACUAAUAGGGCCUUUUUCCUCCUAAGCUGCCUGUGACCAGUAACAAUGGGUUUUGUCUGCACAACCCAACCACCCACAACACAAGCCUAGAUAUGAGUAUUUAUAAUUACUAAAAACUGAAGAAAUUCUUCCUUCCUGCACUUAAUUGAAAGAGGGAGAAAUAUUUUAGUGGUCAAAGAGAAUGGAUCCAGUUUUAAUUUCAGAAGGUGAAACUAAUAUGAGUUUUAACAUAAGUCAGGGUCAGAUUUUAAAAUACAAGUGCACAGCAAAACAACGCAGGAAAAAAGAGACCAAACCAUUCUUACGUGUGAAAAUAUUGCAGGUGGGUAUGUAUUGGCCUCACAAGCAGAUUUGUGUAUAGAUUAUCUUGUUUUUAGCUCACAGUAAAGUGUCACAGCAGUGCCCUUACUGUUACUGUUGCUCAUCUUUUGUAUAUAUUCUCAAUGUAGAAAUUACCUGUAGUUAAGCUGUUAACUUCCCAAUGGGUUCCUUGGACUCUGAUUAUAAACCUUCAUUUCACAUUA